AUGCAGUACGCGCGCGAGAGCCCCUACCCCGAGGCCGGCUUCGUCCAGCCCAGCCAGCCUCCGCCCGCCUCGCACCCGCCGGCCAUGCAGCACGCCCCCAACUACGGCUACGGUGGCGGCAGCGGCUUUGCGGCCCCUCAAGGUCAGCCCCCCUCGAACCAGUACGGCGGCGGCGGCUAUGCUCCACCGCCCCAGGGCCAGUACGGCGGCGGCGGCCAGGCGCAGCAGUACUACCAAGAGGCGCAGCAGCCCGCCGGGCAGCAAAAGUACAACGCGCCGCCGCCGCCUCAGCAGCAGCAGGUCGGCCUCGAGGGCAAGUUCGACGACGCCGCCAAGCCCAAGUGGAACGACCUCAUCUUCGCCCUCCUGUUCCUCGCCCAACUCGGCGCCUUCAUCGCCAUCGCCGUCAUCUCUCUGCGGGCCCUCCCGGCCUCGGAGGACGGCGGCGGGCUCGGCAACUCGGACGGGUCGUCGGUCACCUUGAACGCGUCGAUGGCGUGGCUGCUGUCCAUCAUCUGCGGCGCCGGCCUCGCCUUCUCGAUCCUCCUCCUCGUCCUCGUCCGCGCCUUCACCAAGGUCAUCCUCGAGAUCUCGUUGUUCCUCGCCGUCGCCAUGAGCGUCGCGUACGCCGUCUACCUGUGGAUCGAGCGGUACUGGUCGGGCGCCAUCAUCUUUACCGUGUUCGCCGUCCUGUCGCUCCUCGCCUACCCGGGCAUGCGGCGUCGCAUUCCGCUGUCGAAGCAGCUCCUCAUCUUUGUCCUGGCCAUCGCCAAGGCCCACCCGUCGGUCUACGUCAUCGCGCUCACCGGAACGGUCCUCGUCACCCUGUACUCGGUCUUCUGGAGCAUCAGCGUCGUCGGCAUCUAUCAGAAGUGGUCGCCCGACGCCGAGGGGUCCGGCACGAGCGGCGGGCAGAGCAGCUCGGGCGCCCUGAUCGGCCUGAUGGUUUUCGCCGUCUUCAACUACUACUACACGACCCAGUUCCUCACCAACCUGUUCCUCACGACCGAGGCGGGCAUCUUUGGCGCUCACUACUACGGCGGCGCCGAGGCCAAGGGCGUCUCGUGGGGCGCUUUCAAGCGCGCGUCGACCUACUCGUUCGGCUCGAUCGCGUUCGGCUCCCUCAUCGUUGCGCUCCUCGACCUCCUGCGCGCCUUCUUCCAGCUCCUGCGCUCGUACGAGUCGAGCGAGGGCAACAUGAUCGGCGCCGCCAUCGCGUGCUGCGCGCAGUGCUGCGUCGGCAUCAUCUCGAACCUGGUCGAGUACUUCAACCGCUACGCCUACAUCCAGAUCGCCCUGUACGGCAAGCCCUACAUCGCCGCUGCCAAGGACACGUGGCGCCUUUUCCGGGACCGCGGCAUCACGGUCCUGAUCAACGACUGCCUCGUCAACAACAUCUGGACGUUCGGCAGCUACGCUGUCGGCGGCCUGUGCUCGAUCAUCGCCUUUGCCUACCUCCAGACGGUCCAGCCGUCCUACAUCGAGGGCAACUCGGGCCUCAAGGCGGUCGUCAUGGGCUACUCCUUCAUCACCGGCUUCUUCAUCUGCCACUCGCUCGGGUAUGGCGCCAUCUCGUCGGGCGUCAGCACCAUCUUUGUCGGCCUCGCAGAGGACCCCGAGGUGCUCGCCAUUCGCGACCCGGUCCUGUUCGAGCUCAUCCGCCAGGCCUACCCUCAGGUCGUCACGUCGGUCUAG